AUUUAUUUACGUUUUGUAUAUGUCCGACAUUAUGCCGGAAGUUGUGUGCUGCAGAUGUGGAGCACUCCCGCAUAGUUUGCCAUAUUGCAUUGGCGGCACCGGAAGAGAAUAUCAUUGCUUCUGCUGUCUAAAGCCGCCACCGCAGAAGUGCAUAUAUUGCAAUGCUUGGCGGGAUAUAGACCUGAACAUGACGCAUACAGGCUGUGUCUCGGGAAACUUUCAUGUUUUUAUCUGUACCGAGCCCUGGCCGCCGUUUCCAACCGAAAUAAACAACAUUCCCGCCGCACGAGGUCAUCCUCCAGAGCACCUGAUGCCACUAUCCUUUGCGGAGGGGGUGCCAUCGUCGACCUUAGAUGCUGAAUACAAUACUGGAAGCUUUGCAUCGGAGCAAGAGCAAACGAUUGUUCUUGACGACGAGGCGGAAGUGCCCUCCGAUAGCGAGUGGGAUAUAAAACCCCAACAAAAACCCUUACAAGAGCCAAGUUGGUAUUCCGUCCAGCAGAUAAAGCAGUGGAUCCACUGCAUACGGUGCAACAAAGUACGGACGUCAAAUGCUGGGUGGAUAAAACAUGCCCAAAAGUGCGCGCAAGAUCCACAAAGGAAAGAAAAGAAAUUCUUCAUCUACAAUCAUAUCAAAGGAUGGUGCAACUACCAGGUGCUGGACAGUCGCUGGGACAUUCACAGCGGCCCUAAAAACGGCACUUGCCGCAUCUGCCGUGAAGCACGGGAAAUUGGCGUUCCCCUGCCCUACAUGCCAAAGCAACCGUUAAGACCAAACGAGCGAAAGCUGGCCGCGCAGAGAUUGCGCAAUCGACGCAUGAGAAAGCAGCGCCGGAUGACACGCGUGUACAGUCCCCCACGCAAUCCUGAAACAUAAAAAGACACGAUGGCUUAUCCUUAAUACGUAAGAUAGUUUAAGACAAGACCACAAAAGUAAGUAUAUUUUAAAACUGUACAAAAGA